GAAUAUUUGCUUCCGUUCUUCCAGCUGUCCACUAAAACUUUAAUAAUUGCUUGUAUAGAUAAGUAAUUAUACAUUUUCAUACUAGAAUUCUACUAACCUGUCAAAACUGUAAUCUUUGAAUGUGCUUUUAUUGUUAAUUUUGUCUGUUUGUUUUGGAACUGCAAAAACUGUCUUUUUGCUACUUUCUGUGUUGCUUUUCUGAAGGGCAACAUGCCAAAAGGCCAUCAUGAGCAUUGUGACAAGUGUUUCAGCACUCGCUGUCAAGUCCUAGUCAAGACCUCCAGGUCCUGCACGGUCACCAGAUGCCCCAGAAGCUGUGGUGCCGUCCUGCACGUGUGCAAACUGGAGGAGCACUCUCUUCUUUGUCCAAACGAGACAGUCCCUUGUCUCAACGCAUUCUCCGGCUGCUCGAUUACGAUGCCGCGGAAGAAGCUGGCCAAACACUUAGAGGUCUGUCCUGCCAGCGUGGUUUGCUGCUCUCAGGAGUGGAACCGCUGGCCCGUUUCUGACACCAACGUGACCUUUUACCGGCGCGUGUCAGAAAAGCUUCAGUCAGACUCUGAGGCAGGCCUGGACGUCGCUCUGGCUCUCAGGGAUCAAGCCCUGCUCUUUCAGUCCAUCAAAAUGAAACACGUUUUCCCUGAAAUGAUGGCGGAGGAGCUUCAGAUGUCAGCUGCGGGAGAGCCGGCCUGCUCUUCAGACUUCAGUGAAUUUACAGAAAAUGGCUGUGCGGAGGAGAGAGAAGAGGAGAGAUGUGAUUUGGCAGAGAGCGGAGAAGUGGCAAGUCUUCAAAAUUACAGCUCCUGGGAGAAAGUUUUCAGGAAGGAGAUGGAGGGAUGCAACCAAACUGUCAAAAACCUCAACAGGCAGGCAACAGGAAAGAAAGAGCAAGAAACGUCAAAGGAUCGGGAGGAGAUGAGAGAUGACGAAAAUGCGGUUGCUUCCAGAGGCACGAAUGGUGUAACCGGCCUUGCUCCGUGGCAAGACGGAGUCCUUGAUAGAUUAUGCAGAGAAGCCAACAUCGCAGAAUACAACAUGUACCUGGUGCACAACGGCGCAAUGCUGAUUAACUUUGGCCAGCUGGCCGCAUGCACGCCAAGGGAGAAGGAUUUUGUUUACGGCAAUCUGGAGCCGAUUGAGGUCAAGACAGUCCGCACUUAUAAAAUUCCCACCAGCUUCAGAGCGAAACGCAUUGACCUGAAGGAUCCUGCGUGCAAGGCCAAGACCACACACCAAUGUGUGGACACUGCAGAUCUGGGCUUCUCAGUUGAGGAUCUUCCAAAAUCUGACGAGGUCAGCUCAACACUUCUGUGCUCCCUGGAAAAAGAGCUAAAGGGCCACAUCAUCUCGGCAAGUGGUUCAUCAGACGGUCUCUACGAAGACGUUGGAACGCAAACGCACAGCUUUCCCUCCGCUCCCUUCAGAGCAGACGCAUCUUUGGCAGAUGUGGUCACAAACAAACAUCCCGGCCUUCUCGUGAACGUCGAAGUCGAGUCCGUCACCAGGAGACACAACAGAACAAGUUCCGUCUUUAGCUACGAAUGCGGCCAGUUCUUCCGCCGUGACGAGUUCCCGUCUCACUCCAGGAAUGCUCACUGCGACAUACAGGCCCAGCUGAACGGCUGGUUCCAGCAGCGCUGCCCUUUGGCAUACCUCGGCUGCACUUUCACCCAGACAAGGUUUCACCCCGCGGGGCAACAAGCCACCAUCAAAUUUGACAAAGACAUCAACGCCAUGGCGCUCCAGCCACUCGUCCCUUCAUCACUAUGCGAAAGUGACACUGGAAGAAAUGCCGCCCGAAAUCCUGAUGUCUUGAGCAGCCUGCCCCUGGAGAUCCUUCAGAACAUCGCGGCUCACCUGGACAGCUUCACGUUGUCCCAGCUAUCCCUGGUUUCCCAUCUGAUGAGGGAAGUGUGCGCCAGUUUACUGCAGCACAGAGGCAUGGUCUUCCUUCAGUGGACAAAAAAGACAUAUUCCCAUGGAGGCACUUCCUGGAAAUGCCAUAAAAAAGUAAGCAACCUAAAGAUUUCUUCUUAUUUUUUCACAAUUUUUAUUCUGUGCAACCAGGGAGUAAAAACAAGGUCAAACCUCGGUAUUAGCCCUAGUUCAUUACCUGUCAUCAGUAUGUUAUUUGCCAUGGAAAAUUCCCAUCACUCCUGCAGCGUGUCAGCUGCUGCACUGACCUGUAAGCCCUCUCUGAAAAUGUCAUUUGGAAUCAUUUAUAGCUCUUAACUUUAGCAGCAACUCCGUUUUUCCAGGUCUUUCUUUUUUUUAAAUCAAGACUACCUGAAGCAUCAUGGGACAUUUGAGUGCAAAGAGCCAAAGGGUGAAGAGAGACUCAAUUUAAUCUGAUUACCUUUAAUGUUUGACUCAAAAUCCAACAGCAAAAAGGAAAAAGUGAGGUUUUGAGUCAGAUACAUUUUUAAAAAUCCUAUUUUUUUUUUUUAAAGUCAUUAUUUUUGAUCAUGUUUUUAGAAUCAGAGGCAUCAGGGAGGUAUCAUUUAAAUAGCUGGAUUGACUGGCCCGAUACAAGUUAGAGGAUUGGAGAAAAAAAUCUUUUAUGUUGUUUUACAGAUUAGCCAUACUCAUGACUUUCUCCUCAUUUGGCGAAUAUAUGGGACAUUUACUGGAAC